CCCACCCCCACCCCCUAAAGAAAAGGCAGCUCCUCUUUCUAUAUAACCAGUGGAUGAACAUCCCAACCAUUUCAGUUAUCCAUAAUAAGCUUCAAUUAUUGCCUUCCAUUUGUCGUCUCCCAACAACAACAAAGCGAAGCACAAAUUAGUGCUUACCAAUUUGCAUUUUUUAAUUCUUGGACAUACGAGUAUCAUAUUUCAGAGACGCAGAUUGUCGCCAUUGCCGAUUUUUCUGGAGCUAAUCGCAACUGUUUUUAACCGAAAUUCACCCCUUCUUUUACUUACUGAGUCUUUUGAUUUCUUUGGAGGGAGUUUUUUUUCUCCCGGGGAAAAAAGAUUCAUUUUUUUUUCGUUCGUUUCUAAAUCAUUCCCCGACAAACAAGGCUUUCCCGUUUCCGUUUCCGUUUUCGUUUGCUUUUAUCAUGCAAAUCAAGAAGCUCGUUUCUUUGCCGUCUCGCACCGGGAGGCAUCUGCAGCGCUAUAAUAAGGGAUUUCGUCAGGUUGUUGGAUGUAUUCCAUAUAGAAUCAGAGACACCAAGAAGACUCAUUUGAUCGAUGACAUCACACUUGAUGAUUUGGAGAUCCUUUUGAUCAGCUCUCAAAAGAGUACAAGACUUAUGUUCCCCAAGGGUGGAUGGGAACUCGAUGAAGAUAUCCAAUUGGCAGCUUCACGAGAGACCUUAGAGGAAGCCGGCGUAGUUGGCCUUCUUGGGGAAAAGUUGGGUGAAUGGAUUUUCAAGAGCAAAAGCCAAGAGAAGUAUCAUGAGGGAUCCAUGUUUCCCUUGUAUGUCACCGAGGAAUUGGAAGUAUGGCCGGAGAAAAGCCUUCGCCAUCGAGUUUGGAUGACUGUGGACGAAGCUCGGGAGGCUUGUGCGGCCGUAUGGAUGAAAGAGGCGUUGGAGGAAUUCGUUUGUCAGUUCACUUGUCGAUCAAGAGAAGUAGAGGAAGAUGCAUCUUGUUUAUUACUAGCAUUGUGUGGAAGCGAGGACUUAAGCUUCACAAUUGGAGCUCAAACUGCUGACAACGAAGUUGAUUGCUACUUGAACUUGAUCAGUUGAAAAAGCUCGAAUCUUUCGCAAAAUGGAGCUGCAACAGGAGCUGCUUGAAGAUGAGGAGUUAACCAGAUAGGCUAAAGUGUACAAAUUGCUCACCUUUAUUCUUUCAUUCAUGGAAAAUCCGUUGAUUCUUCAA